AUGGAUCCUCUAUCCAUCACUGUCAACGUAAUUGCCCUGAUCAAAACGAUCAAGACAGCGAAAGAAUACUUGGAAAACAUCCGGAGGUCGCUCGGCGCGGAAAGCCUGGUGCUGGAUCUUUUGAAUGAGGUGAGAUUGAUUUCCGGUGUCUGCUCGCUCCCCCGACCGUCACCUGUCCCGGUUGCAGUUGCUGGUGAGGAAUCUCGGCAGGCCUCAGAUUUUCACGUCCUUCUGGAGGCACUCAAUAAGAAUGGAGCAUUAAGCUCACAACCCGCCGUUCAACAAUCCCUUCUUCGUGCGACCAAGACCUUCAAGGAAUUUCUCCACUUCAUCACGCAGAAGCUGUUCUCGAAAAAAGAAGUUGCAGAUCGAAAGUCUAAUUCCCCAAACCUCAAAGAUGAUACAGAACCUACCUUCCAGGUGCCUCAAGCAAGAGUCUCGAGGUUGGCGUGGUUAUGUUACGAGAAGGAAGUGGUGAAAUAUAGGGACUCGCUUCGUGAGGCACGAGCGUCUCUUGUUUCGCAUUUAACGUUGGCAAACACCGGAAUUCACCUAGAGCUGCGUGAAGUCAUUUCGUCUUCUCAAGUUUCAGUACAAGCGAUACUAGCCGCCCACGGUAAAGUCGUUGAAGACACAUUGGCCAUGGUGCAGCAAAUGCGAGAUCAAAAUGCCCAACGGCCUCGUUCGCCAUCAGAAUCCUCCGACAGGACGAUCAGAUUAGCGUCACUGGAUGAUACCGAGGUGGCGCGUUCCGUUAGCUCGCAAAACCUCGAAGAAGAUUCAAACCAAGAAGCAGUUUGCUUCAAGACGACUGUCUCGAUGACGGAUUGUCCGAAGUCCUGCUCUUGCAUCUGCCAUUCAGCAACCCUCACCAAAUUCCCACGGUGGAUGAAUCAGGUCACUGGCUUACUGUUCAUGAGAUACAGCGGCAAGCCUCUACUGACUGCCAUGAAAUGUACCAAAAAAAGGUGCAAAGGACGACAUCAAUCCAAAAUCCAUGCUUCCUACUACUUCCCCGGCUGGAUGCUCCAUCGCAUGGUUGAAGUGGUAGCUACAUGGGACGCAAAUGCCGCCCCGGCAAUGAGCCUUCGGGUUAUGAGGAUCCUUCCAGACCAAUCUCCUCUAUUUUCUUACUCUAUGGAGGGCAGGACGGUCGAUAUCCAAGAUCUCUUCCUCCAGAAUCUAGCUUCACCGAUUGAUAUUCGGGAGUCGGACGGUAGAUCAGCCUUGCACAUCGCUCUAUACAAUGGACACACUUCAACGGCACAGUUCCUGUUGGACAAGGCAGCUGAUCGAGACUACAAGGACAAGUACUUUCAGUCUGCCAUUGGGGUUUGCUGGGAGAUAAAGUUCCAGAAGCUACGUAUCCCGACCAUUGAGCCUUGCGUGAUCGGAGGGGCAACCGAGGACUCUGACUACUUAGACGAACGUGGCCUUACUCCUGUUCACAAGAUUGUCUUAGGCAUUUCAAAUGCCUCGCUCUCACUAAACGCUUAUCUUAGCCUUUCGACUACUGAGAUUGACAAGAAAGAUAUAAUGGGGAAGACGCCUCUUCAUUAUGCAGCUGUUAGAGGUGACCUGGACGCUGUCUCAACCCUACUUCAACACGAUGCCGACCCUAACCUCACCUCCGACGCGCUCUGGACGCCACUUCACGAAGCGGCCAUUUCUUCUAAUUACAAAUCGUUUCAACCCCUUCUCGAGGCUGGAGCCCAUGUUGACGCCCUUAACGAGCGUGGCCAGACUGCUUUGUCGAUGGCAGCGCACGUCGGGAAUGAUGAUCCACGGUAUUUCGAUCACCUACUCGAUUACAAUGCCAACAUUAAUCUGGCUGACAAAAAUGGGCUCACUCCUUUGCAUCGUAGCUGCGUUCGAAAUCGGGUCGAAUCUGCACGGCGAUUGAUAUUUCUCAAGGCCGAUAUAGAUGCGCUUGACAACAAACAGCUUUCGCCAGUGCACACAUGCGUCCUCAAUAACAGCCACGACAAUUUAAAAUUGUUACUACACUCGGGUGCACGAGUUGAUCGAUCAGCAGCUAAUGGAAGGACUUUACUACAUGAUGCAGCUGCCGUAGGGAAUCUAAGUACGAUUGCAGUCCUGUCUAGCGCUUGCCUUUGUCUCGGGGGCCUCGAUCCAGAUGCUGUAGACGAAGAGGACAGAACUGCGCAGGAAGUCUUUGACUAUGUGCGACACACUAGUGGUUCAGAAAGUGAUGAAGAACGUACAAGGGUUCUUUUUGCGUUCUUGUUAGACCGACUCAGGGAAAGGAACCGGAUAAAUCAGUUCGAGAAAGCUCUGUCAGAGAAACUGGAGGCACAGUCCACAAUGUCAGACGAUGAAUUUUUUGAGGCAUUGGAGCACAUGGAAUCAUCCAUUGAGUCACUUGAUACAAUGGAUGUGUUAACAUUCAUUGACGAAGCCCGUUCAUACACGAAUGGCCCAGGCCACUUCGGAAGUGGCGGGUACUACAGACCGGUAAGGAAUUGA